UUUUCUCUAAAUGUUCUCUCACUUUUGGGGUAGGUGAGUUCACACACAUUUUUCCUCUUAUUUAUUUGAACAUCUUAACAACCCCCAGAUCCUAAAGUUUUCAUUUUUUUCAAGUAUUCUUUGCGACUUCUACGAGGUACACGACAUGGCUACCCCUACAAGAAUUGGUCUUGCUGGCCUUGCUGUUAUGGGCCAAAAUCUUGCUCUCAAUAUUGCUGAGAAAGGAUUCCCUAUAUCUGUUUACAAUCGAACCAGUUCAAAAGUUGAUGAGACUGUUGAACGAGCUAAAAAGGAAGGAAAUCUUCCUCUCUAUGGUUUUCAUGACCCACAGUCCUUUGUCCUCUCUAUCCAAAAGCCUCGUGUCAUAAUCAUUCUUGUCAAGGCUGGAGCACCAGUUGAUCAGACCAUCAGGACCCUCUCUUCUUACAUGGAGAAAGGAGACUGUAUCAUUGACGGGGGCAACGAAUGGUAUGAGAACACGGAGAGGAGAGAGAAAGAAAUGGCUGAGUUAGGUCUUCUUUAUCUUGGGAUGGGAGUUUCAGGUGGUGAAGAGGGUGCUCGAUAUGGACCAUCACUAAUGCCUGGAGGCUCCUUUGAAGCCUACAAGUACAUAGAAGAUAUCUUACUAAAAGUUGCUGCUCAAGUUCCAGAUAGUGGACCUUGUGUUACAUACAUUGGUAAAGGUGGCUCUGGAAAUUUUGUUAAGAUGGUUCACAAUGGAAUUGAAUAUGGUGAUAUGCAGCUGAUUGCAGAGGCUUAUGAUGUUCUGAAAUCUGUUGGGAAGCUCUCUAAUGAUGAAUUGCAUCAAGCCUUCUCAGAAUGGAACAAAGGGGAGCUUUUGAGCUUCUUGAUUGAAAUUACGGCCGAUAUAUUUGGAAUCAAGGAUGACAAAGCAGAUGGAUAUUUGGUAGACAAGGUUUUAGACAAGACUGGAAUGAAAGGUACUGGUAAAUGGACCGUUCAGCAAGCUGCUGAACUGUCAAUUGCAGCUCCUACAAUAGCCUCAUCCUUAGAUUCAAGAUUCCUUAGUGGAUUGAAGGAUGAAAGGGUGCAAGCAGCCAAAGUUUUCAAAUCUUGUGGGGUCAGCGACAUCCUUGUUGAACAGUCUGUGGAUAAGAAGCAAUUGAUUGACGAUGUCAGAAAAGCACUCUAUGCUUCGAAAAUAUGUAGCUAUGCUCAGGGAAUGAAUUUGAUAAGGGCAAAGAGUGCUGAGAAGGGAUGGGACUUGAAACUAGGGGAGCUUGCCAGGAUUUGGAAAGGUGGUUGCAUUAUCCGUGCCAUAUUUUUGGAUCGUAUUAAGCAAGCUUAUGACAGAAACGCAGAUCUCGCUAACCUGCUUGUGGAUGAAGAGUUUGCAAAGGAGGUAGUUGAACGCCAGUCUGCCUGGCGAAGAGUGGUCUCCCUAGCUAUUAACUCGGGUAUUAGCACACCUGGCAUGUCUUCAAGUCUUGCUUACUUCGACUCGUACAGGAGGGAAAGGCUUCCUGCAAAUUUAGUCCAAGCUCAAAGGGAUUACUUUGGUGCUCAUACUUAUGAGAGGACUGAUAUGUCAGGGUCAUUUCAUACCGAGUGGUUGAAGAUUGCCAAACAGUCGAAGAUCUGAGCUCUGCUGUUUACGUUCUUGUCAUUGACCUAAUUGAAUAAAGUGCAUGUUGUCACUGAAUCUGGGAAGUUAGAUCUCGUAGUAUCAUCUUGUCAUCUGGUCUCUCAAGUAUUGAAGUUUUUAUAUGUUUGUUGUGGAGCCUAUUUUGUACCUGUAGGCCUUGGCGGCUUUUCUCUCAUAUUAUGUCUUCCAAGUUAUUGAAACCUGUCGUACAAUCAAAGAAAGUAUUAUUUCUUGUUUUAGAUAA